AUGGCAUCUGAUUCGUCCUGGGGCCCCGACCUUCCGCGAGUCAGGCCUGGUCCUGCCCCGCUCUUCCGGUCAUUACAUGCUAUUGCCGAAAAUGCCACUGCUCCUCCUGCAUGUCUGGAAAGAUCCGCUCCAAUAGCAUCCUCUUCCCCUCGCUUUGCACACGGAAUGCACAUAUAUGCACGUUCGUACCGAAGCUCCGGUGGUUCUGCUCUCAUGCCAGCCUGUUCGAGACCCUUUGAUGUCCACUUCAUGCGCAACCGGACCGUUCCUUACCGUCUUUGCUACCUUGCAUCACAGACGCUGUCCGAGGCCGUUCCAAGCGAGUUCAAGAAAUUUUUUCUCCGACAUUGA